UGAGCCACCGAAGCGAUCGACAGAUGGCUGUCAAACAGAUUUACACAUAAACAAAGCGAAACAAACAACAAAACUCGCAAUAUUUAUCGAUUACUGGUGCGAAAACGGAAAGCGUUUGCUGCAAAAUUCUGUGCCCCAAAACCCUCCAACCGUACGAGCAUGAGUGAGAAUCAAAAACAUCAAAACGGAGAAGUAAAGCAAGAGAAAGCGGAGUCAAACCAUGGCGGUUCAAAUAAUGGUGGUUCGCAGGAAACCACACGCCAGGAUAGCAUCGAACGGAUCAUGCUGCGAAAGCAGAAGGUGUACCAGCUGCCUAGGAAUCAGAAGCUUACGAAGCUUUCGAUGUACUCCUCCUGCCAAGCGAACGAGUGCCGCUGCAGUGGUUGGAAAACGCCGGAGGAAAACCGUCACAAAGAUGUGGAAGUUGACUACUGUCCCGAUUUCGCUGAAGAGUGCCGCAAUCCGAACUGUAAACAUAGUCUAGAGACGCACAUUCAGCACCUGGGAGACAUCACCGAGGAACAGAUGAACGAGCUGCUGGGGGCCAUCGUGGACGUGGAAAAUCUGUACAUGAGUAUGCUCCGGGAGUCGGAUACGGACACGAAGAAGGUUUACGCCUAUCUGUUCCGUUUGCUGCGGCAAUGCAUUCUUACGCGUACGCAGGCUGUUAUAAGAGGACCUUUAGGAGACCCUCCCUUCGAGCAACCGUCAAUUUCGAAAGCGGUCACUAACUUCGUGUUGCAUAAAUAUGGGCAUCUCCAUCAAUCUGAGCUGGAUUCCAUGACAGACGUCGCCAAAACGUUCCUCCAUUGCCUGAAUCAUUGGAAUUUUGAAGCGCCGAGCGCACGGCAGGAUCUAGUCAACCAGGAGGACGUUUCAAAUUACAAGAUAAACUACACCCGUUGGUUGGUUUUCUGUCACGUGCCGGCAUUCUGUAGCUCGCUCCGUCACUUCGAAACAUCCAUCGUGUUCGGACGCACACUGUUGAAGGCGGUCUAUCAGUACGUGUACCAGCAGUUGCUGAUGCGGUGUAAGAUAGAGCGCGAUCGCAUGCCUCCGGAAAAGCGAAUCAUGCUCACGCAGCUACCCAAAUUCCUCGAAGCGCUCAAGCAAGAGGUGGUGAACGAAGAUUCUCCCAUCUGGUCACCGAACUUUAAACCGGCCGCUUCACUCUUGCUGCACAAAACUAAGCGCGCGCACGAAGGCUCAUCAAUGGCAGGAGGAACCGGCAAGAAGCUGGGCGAUGCAAAGCGCUACAAAAAGGAAUCGGACUGUGAGGAUUUGCCGGACGAAGUGGUCGCGCGUGCGUUGAAGCGCAUUAAUGACUCAAACUACUCCAGUCGGGCAGAGGUCGUGUUUCCACCGAAUGCUCCUCGGGAUGAAGCGGCCAAGGCGGAGGAAAAUAGGCGAGAGAUCGAGUUUCACGUUGUUGGUAAUUCGCUAACCAAGCCCGUAACGAAACAAUCGAUGCUGUGGUUGCUUGGAUUGCAUAGCGUGUUCGCUCAUCAGUUGCCUGGAAUGCCGAGAGAGUACAUCAGCCAGCUAGUGUUCGAUCCAAAGCACAAAACGCUUGCCCUGAUCAAGGAAGGUCGUCCUAUCGGAGGCAUUUGCUUUCGCACGUUCGUAUCGCAAGGCUUUACAGAGAUUGUGUUCUGCGCCGUUACCAGCAGCGAACAGGUGAAAGGAUACGGCACCCAUCUGAUGAAUCAUCUCAAGGAUUACAGCACCCAAAGGGGCAUCAAGCAUUUUCUCACAUAUGCGGACGAGUUUGCGAUCGGAUACUUCAAGAAGCAGGGAUUUUCCAAAGAUAUCAAAGUGGCGCGCCAUGUGUAUGCUGGUUUUAUCAAAGAGUACGAAGGUGCGACGCUUAUGCACUGCGAACUCCAUCCCAGCCUAAUCUACACACAGUUCAGCUCGGUAAUACGCAAGCAGAAGGAAAUCGUAAAGGAACUCAUCACUCAGCGUCAGCAGGAGGUGCAGAAGGUCCACCCUGGACUGACCUGUUUCAAGGAAGGCGUACGGAGCAUACCGAUCGAAUCCAUACCGGGGCUGCGGGAAGUGGGAUGGCGACCGACAUUCCGAGCGCAGCGAACAGCACGCCCACUGGAAGAAUCGGCCGACCCGGACAAGUUGGCCAACUCGCUGAGCGGUGUGUUGCUUGCCGUGCGGCAGCAUACGGCAGCAUGGCCUUUUCUGAAGCCGGUCAAUCAAGCCGAAGUGCCCGACUAUUACGAUCACAUAAAGUACCCGAUGGAUCUCAAGACGAUGACGGAACGGUUGAAAAACAAGUACUACGUCACGCGACGCUUGUUCAUGGCUGACAUGGCACGUAUAUUCACCAACUGUCGGCUCUACAACUCACCCGAGACGGAAUACUACCGUUGCGCCAACACACUCGAGCGGUACUUUCAAACUAAAAUGAAAGAAAUCGGUCUGUGGGAUAAAUGAUGUCCACUGAACAAUCUCGAUCGAGCCAUCCUGCAUGCUACCAGCAAAGACGACGACGAUGACGAAGACGAGGAUAACGAUCAGGACGAUAACGAUGAGGCCGAAGAGGGGAACGCAACUAGCGCCAUUGUAGCAGAUGCUAUAGUUACCGGGAGCAGUGGUAGCAGUAGUGGCAGUAGCAGUAAGAAGGAAUCUGGUCAAUAUCCUCCCUGUGUGGUAGGUGACCAUCGCAAAACUUACAAAAAAUCUCUUCCUACUGACGAUCAUCGUCGGUACGGGUUUCAAUCGUACGGCGCACUUUACAGCAAAUCGGACGCGAAGAGUAGCUAUGGAAGAAAGAGUGUACCGGGGGGUGUAGGUCCAACGCGGCACGUUACCAUUUCGGUACCGGGUUCCAUGUCCGGGGCGUUGAGUAAAGAAGACAUCAUCAGUAUGCCGGUGGUGGUUAGUUUGGAAAAUGAAGGCGUUGGAAGUCACAAUAAAUAAUUGUAUGGCACAAAUGUCUGGAAACCGUCUAAAGAUAUGCAGGUACUACAGCACCGAUCGUCUGUAGCAUGUGACCUCUAUUUGAUGGGCCAAAGCAUAAACAUAGCAAAAUAGAACUGGCAAGCUAAAUUUACAAUACCAGCUCAAAAUAAAAGGAAACUCUUCGCAUCAUAACGACGGGUGUAAGAACUAAGCAUCGAAUACAUUAUGUGUUGCUAAACGCACUAAA